UUUCCAUACGUGAACUCUUCGUAAUUGUAAUUAUUAUGUCUAUUGGUUACAUUUGUAUAGUUUGUGCCAGAUCUAAGCUGUUGUAUAUAGUUUAAGAUAAAUACUAGUGUUACCGCUGCUUAUUUCCAUAAGUAAUUGUGAAACUUUACAAGUGAACAUUGUACGUUGUUGUGACUUCGUAAUAGCCCAGAAUUCAUUUAACAAAAAAUGACUGAAUCCGAAAUCAAACAAAAACUAGAUAAGGUUUUCCGGAAAAACUCAAAUAUAUCGCACAUUUCCACCUUCAAAACCAUCACUCACGAUACAAAAGCAAAAGAUCUCACGGAAGAGCAGAAGCUAGCAUUCAUAGCAAUGAUGCGUAUGGCCGUGGAUCCCCAUCAAAGAGAAUGGAAAAGACGCCUAGAACAAAUUAACGCUCGGAACGAAUCUCUCCCGGUAGAACAACGUGCCCACCAUCGGCGGAAGCCUGCAGAUACCGUCUCUCACAAGCGUAAGCGGCUGAGGCGAAAGGUAGCAGAAAUGCGAAGCCAGAAGCGAUUUCCCCUUCCAGCGGAAAGCCGAUCUGAUCCAGCAAGACGCUAUGGAUUUAUUCCAACUUCGCAGAGAAAAGUAAAUCUAGCAGAUUAUGCGAAAGUGAAUAAAAAGUGAAUCGAUUUGUUUCGCUUGUUUUUCGAACGAAUUGUAAAAAAUGUAUUUACAUUUGUAAUAAGUUCGAAAUAAAACUUACAUAUUGGCCACA